AGAUUCACGAGCGCACGAGAAGAAAAAUCGCACAGCGGCCUCCUUGCUCCUCGCUCGCAGCCGCUCCUCUCCCUGACCCACACCGCGGGCCCUAUCUCUCUGGUCGCCUCCUCCUCUCCUAUUCCCUGCCGUCAUGGUUCCGGAUCGGGGCUUGGGCCAUCGUCGUGGGGGAGCAGGGACGGCGGGGUCUUCACAAUGGAGGUGGAGCUGUAGGGGAGGGGAGGAUGCCGACGAUAAGGGAAAGGAGGAGGCCGAAGAGGACGGCAAUGGGGAGGCCGGCAGGGAAGGAGCAGAGAGAGGGCUUCUGCUUCUUCCAGCGGGCCAUGGCACUCGAGUUCAUCAUUAUCGUGUCCCUUGAGUUGAGGCCCCGUCGCUCCCACUCCUCUCACUUUCUCGCGACAUCUCGCCGUCGAUCGCCAUCCCAUUUCAAAAAUUCAGAGAGAGAUGAUGUGCGGCUCCCUCUGGCAGCUCCUGGCCGUGGUCGUGGCCGUGUCAGCGGUGACGCGGGCGGUGGCCGCCCUGAAGGCUGGUCGGAGCCUGCACCGGGACUUCGACGACGGCCGGGUGGUGGAGCUGGCGCUGGACCGGGAGACGGGGUCCAGGCUGGAGUCCAAGGACCGGUACCUCUUCGGGCGGUUCGAUCUCGACAUCAGGCUCGUCGCCGGCGAGUCCGCCGGGACCAUCACUUCCUUCCUCCUCCGAUGAGGGAGGUGGCUCGGCCCAGCCAUGGCCCUAGCACUCGCCGUGGGAGAGUAGGGCGGCGCCGUCGUGGGGUGGAUGACCAGGGGAUAUCCAGGAUGCCGGCGGUGGGUCGAAGAAGCAGAGAUGCAGCACAUUCUCUUCCUCUCUUCCUUGCUGACGACGCGUCCCGCAAGGUGAUGCGUUCUCGUCUCUUCCCUUCUGGUUGCACGUCAGCUCCUUUUUCCAAUCCCAUGCUCUGCUCUCCUCAUGCCCCUCCUCCUCUUGCUCCUCCUAUGUAUUUUUUUAAUUUCUUUUGUGCGAUUUUACUCAAUGGUGCUUGCACGUCCAUGGAUUUAGAAGUAGCAUGUUCAUUCUUCUUAGUUCAUGUUUUAUGUGUAGCAUUUCGUAGGCUAAAAAUUGAAAGGAGAUGUGAUGAUACUGUCUUUUGACUCCCUCCAUCCUACCUGUACAGAAUUUAUAGUUGCCAGGCAUAUGGUGGGCUAAUCAAAUGCAAGCUAUGAGGAGCUAAAAGAAGUAGGAUAUUCCGAGCAAGGGACUCUACUUUAUGGGUUUGAUUGUUGUGGCAGAAUCAAUGGACUACACCAACUGCUAUUGAAGAAGUAUAUGUAGAAUGCAUAGUUAUGGUGUGAUAGGGCCAGUGUUGUUGUCUGACAGUUGUGCAUUCUUCACCUUGGAUGGUCAAAGAUAUGUUCGCUAGCCUGAUGCUGCUCCAUCGGUGGAUCUACAGAUUGUUCUAUUAUGAAGUAUUGGUUUAUUAUUGAGGUAGCCUUAGACGGAGGAGCUGAAUGCAGUUUUUGUAUCUUUUUUCAAUGUCCUGAAUGGUCCCAUGAAAAUCCUGGCUAAGAGCCAUGAAUAGGAUCAAGGCAGCACACUACACCUCUGAGAAGAAAAGGAUAUGAAGACAAAGAUAGAUCAAUGUUCUGCUCCGAAGCAAAAACAUUUUGCAUAGAAAUCCGAAAUGAUAGGAAAGGAGAAGUCUCGCCACUUGAGUACGCUUCUCUCACUCAAAGGAGGGACCGAGGAAAAGAAAGGGGAUAAACAGGGGAUAAACAGAGCAGGCAUGAUGGAUGCAGGCGCUGCCGCUUCAUAUUCUACUUCGGACGAGCAACACAAAGAAUUGUUCUUGGACCGGGCUAGGUAGCAUAUGGGCCUUUCAAAUACCUAUGUCUCCAUAUGCACAACACAGUGAGGUUUUUUCUCUUGUGCACAUGAAAAAUAAAAGUUUAGUGCAAACACUGUUAAAAAAGUA